AUGGACGUAGGCUUCAAGCAGAAGAAGAAGGAGAAGAAGAAGAAGGAGAACAAGCGAAGGCGGAGGCAACCAGACAGGUCAUUAGACGAUGCAGAAGACAAAGGGGUUAGUAGGGACAACGAGGACGAAGGCAGCGAAGCGCUGGACGUGGAGAAGCGCAUCGAGGAGCUCCGCGAGGACCAACGACUGCGCCAGCAGGUGUUCAAAGAAGGAUUGGCCAAUCACCGGCCUCGAAAGCCGUUAUCGAAGCGAAAAGUCGAGGCGUUAAGUAACACGAGUCAAUAUGGACUUCAUGACCCGAAGAAAGACGGGUCGACGAAUCAGAAGCUCUUGACGCUGCUGGAUGGACAGUUUACGGGGCAGAGCGCGACGACGGACAAGGAGCAGCACGAAGAGCUCAUGAACAAGUUUAUUGACGAGAAACUAUCGCAGAUGAAGACGAGAAAAAAACAGAAGGAGAGUGGGACGCAGCAGACGGAGCACUGCCAGCAGCUGGACGAGGCCAGUGCAGCUCUGCAGCGAGCCGAAGACCAGCUGUUUGAGCUGCCGGAACAUUUGAUCCCGGAUGUCUCGAGUCGCGUUGAAGGCGACAAUGACGGGACAGACGGGGGGAUGCUGCUGGGCAGUGCGGGCAUUGCUGAGGUGGAACUGCCGUCAAUGUACUCGGAAAAGACAGUGGCCGCAACGAGAAAAGCACUCGAGAAGAGCCGAAGAGGCGGUCCGAAGCUGGAUGCGAUCGGAGGGAUGGUGAAUACGGCGCUGCCAGCCAAUUUUAGUGUCGACUUUAAUCGACACCGGACCGAUUACGUUGCAGAGAUGAAGAGUAUGAAUAAAGAUGAACAGCGGGGGCGAGGGUUUCACCAAGGGAGGAAAAACCAAGCAAGUGAUGAUCGUGCUGUAUCGCGGUUCCGGAAGUUUGAGAGUCGCAAGCUGCGACGAUAG